AUGACUCUGGAAGCCGCUGCUGCUGCUGCAGACACACUCGCUCCGCUCCCUUCUCCUUCUGCCGCAUCCUCUCGCACAUGGUCCUUCUCCAACAAGUACUACUCGGCCGACCUGGUCAUCGACAUCAUCGAUGGCUCCGCACUCAGUGAUGAUGCUGCCGUGCCUGCGGCGGCCGGCGCUGCUGUCUUCCUCGCUCCACUCGGCCACCGUGUGCCUCAGACCGAUGCGCUCCCUGAUCUUGCAUCAGCGCUCCAUGCGCGACCCGAUCUCGGCGUUCUUCUCCUUCUCGGCCAUGCUGCCCACGGAGUCGAUGACAGCGUCGUCGACUAUCUGCAAGAGCUAGCUGCUGGCGCUCUCAUCGAGUUUAUCCGCCUUGAUGAGCACGGCGCUCGCGCGCUGGCUCAGGGCGGCGCUCGCGGCAUCGAUCGCGUUGCAGAAGCGCUGCAGACGCACAUGUGGCCGUCGAUGGUCAUGAGCGAGGCCAGUAGCAGGCAAGCGCCCAAGUUGCCGAGCACUCCCGACGCUGAUACCGAGCCCUUGUCGGUCCAUCCCGAGCGCGCCGCCAUCGACGCGCUCACCGCCACCCUCUUCUCUGCCUUUGAUCUCGCCGGCGAGAAGCCGGUCAGCCAGGCCGCCGACGCCGAGGCGGAACAGACUGACGAUGCCGAGUUUGCGGCGUAUGAGGCCCAGGCCGAUUCAGUCGAGGCAGCGCUGCAGCGGUUCGCGACCAUGCGCCAGGAGAUGGCGGGCCUGCCGGACAACGAACGCAAAGACAUGGCGGCCGAGAUUGCGCUCUCGUUCUUGGAGCAAAUGGGCGGCGACGACGGCGACGACGAGGUCCCCGACUGCGCCCAGCAGUAG